UAUUUAGUGAAUUUCAAUUGAAUAUUUGUAUACCUACUUAUGUUCUGAUACAUUAUAAUACAAGUAUAGCACUAUGUUAAAUUUAAACAAUAAUAACAUGCGUUGGAUUAAAAAAGACUCAAAUGAUGCUGCAAUGAACUUUACAGAAACAUGUGAUGGAAGUCUUCAAAUAUGUAAUUCAUCUAACGCUUUUUAUAGCCUUAAAAAAAAACGCAACAGAAAUAAUUUGAGAAAAAAAUAUGAGAAAAAUGACAGUUUAACUUCUUUGAAUUUGUCAGAUUGGUCAAAUCAACAAAAUCUACUCACACAUUACCCUAUUAAAGAAAGUAAAAAGUUAGAUGUCUGUACACAUGGAGGAAGGCGGCACAUAACAGAUACAAAUAGUUUAAAACAUUUUAGCAUGCAUCCCACGUGCACUUUAAAUAUAUAUAAUAAUAAUUACUCAAAUUCAUUAAUGACCGAUUCAAAUACUAUACAUGAUGUAUCAAAAUGUUUAACUCGUAACCAGUCCUUUACUGAGCACAUUAUUCCAAGUAGCCAAUCAACACUCAGAACGAAUAUUUGCAUCACGGAAUCAUGGAGAGAAAUCAAUCACGUUGAUAAAAUUAGACUCACUGCAGCUUUAUUAUUUCAUGUGAAUUCAGUGACCAAUAAAAUAAUGCCGCUUAUUAAUUUACAUGCAUUAGCCAAUCCAUUUCUGCAAAUUCCAAUUCAGGCUUGUCGUAUGGCAAAUAAUAUUAAUUUGAAUAUGGCUGAAGUGUUAUGUAGAAAAAGGACCGAAGUUGCUGUAAUUUCGUGGAUGGCAAUUACACUGAAUCAGUAAAAUAUGUCAAUACGGGGAUAAUAAUACCUAUAGAAAGAUACAAAAAAAUGAAUACGUUUUGAAACUUUAAUCUGUAAAUCUAUUUUAAAAUCAAACAAUAAUAAACAUUAAGUAUCUACUAUUUUAAUAUGUUAGAAUAAAAAUAUA